CCUUGAUUGCUCUUCUGAGAGAAGGAGAGACCCUGGAGGAUCUGAUGAAGUUGUCUCCAGAGGAACUGCUGUUGAGGUGGGCAAACUAUCACCUGGAGAAUGCAGGAUGCAACAAAGUCAACAACUUCAGCUCAGACAUCAAGGACUCAAGAGCUUAUUACCAUUUGCUGAACCAAGUUGCCCCCAAGGGAGAUGAAGAAGGCAUUCCAGCUAUUACUAUUGACAUGUCAGGAUUAAGGGAGAAGGAUGAUGUCCAGCGAGCGGAGUGCAUGCUGCAGCAGGCGGAGCGGCUGGUCACGGCCACCGACGUUGUCCGGGGGAACCCAAAGCUAAACUUGGCCUUUAUCGCCAACUUGUUCAACAAAUACCCUGCCCUGCAUAAGCCAGAGAACCAGGACAUCGACUGGAGCUCUAUUGAAGGCGAGACAAGGGAAGAGAGGACGUUCAGGAACUGGAUGAACUCCCUGGGUGUUAAUCCACGUGUAAAUCACUUAUAUAGUGACCUGUCAGAUGCCUUGGUUAUCUUCCAGCUCUAUGAAAAGAUCAAAGUGCCAGUAGACUGGAACAGAGUGAACAAACCACCAUAUCCUAAACUGGGUGGCAACAUGAAGAAGCUUGAAAACUGCAACUAUGCAGUGGAACUGGGAAAGAAUCAAGCCAAAUUUUCCCUUGUUGGCAUCGCUGGGCAAGAUCUGAAUGAAGGAAACCGUACGCUCACACUGGCCUUGAUCUGGCAGUUGAUGAGAAGGUACACCCUGAGUAUCCUCGAAGACAUUGGUGGUGGAGAGAAGGUGAAUGAUGACAUCAUUGUCAGCUGGGUCAAUGAAACACUGACUGCAGCCGGGAAGGAUUCAACCAUCUCCAGUUUCAAGGAUAGCAAAAUCAGCACCAGCAUGCCAGUCCUGGAUCUCAUUGAUGCCAUUCAACCAGGAUCAAUCAAAUAUGACCUCUUGAAAACGGAGGACCUGAAUGAUGAGGAGAAACUAAAUAAUGCUAAAUAUGCCAUCUCUAUGGCGAGAAAAAUUGGAGCAAGAGUGUAUGCCCUUCCAGAAGACCUGGUUGAAGUAAAACCCAAAAUGGUCAUGACAGUGUUUGCUUGCCUUAUGGGAAAAGGCAUGAAGAAAGUUUAAAGCACAAAAGACUUGAACUGAUGCCUGGUGUUCACCCUUUUGAUUCCCUCAAACUGGAUGCUCUUCUCUCUAUCGAGGAAAUAUGCAGGGUGUUCAUGCUUUCAAGGCAUGAAUGUAAUACACGGUUCCAGGUCAUACAAAAGUUGUGCAUCCACACGUAUCCAGGAAGUGUUUUGUUUUGAACAGUAAUAUGUGCUUGAUUUCUUUGCCUUAUUUUCCACUUUGCUAGAUAUAACCAUUUCAUAUUCCUGAGUAAGUUUUCAAUAAUGAGGCCUAUACAUAUCCUUCUAUUAACGGAUACCAGGGUUUUCUGUCAGAGGUCACCUGGAGAUCUUUGUCUUGGGAGGUACAGACAGCUUUUAGGAUUAUGAAAUGUUAUAUACUGCUUCUGCCUGAAAAUGUCUUCAUGCUUCUGGUAGCAUUUCUGCCAUACUUUCCUUCAGUUUGCACCUGGGAUAACAAAAGGGGUUCCCCCAAGCAAAUGCAAGUAUUAGUGACUAUAUUUUUGGAAUGGUAGGAUCCUCUUAGGAAAUUCUUUUGGAAAGAGAGAAGUGUUUGGAGUCUGCUAUGUGUUGCUGGUAUAUGAACUGAGCAGUACUUUUCUCUGCAAGUUAUGCCUCUGCCGUCAGUGGCAUUACUCACAGAGUACAUUACUACUCACUGAAAAAAACAUACCAUAACCUGGUCGUCCAAGAACACCCAAACUCUGGAACCUUUGCAAGAAAUGCUCUCCAAAGGAUAAUUCAUCUUUAUGUCAUAAUACACUUAAAGCAUAAGCAGAUUGCAAAGCAUGACAGAAAUGAAAACCACGUUAAAGAAACUAAGGGGAUACACUCAGUAGCAAUAAGAUAAGAAGUGAACCAAAGGGAUGCAGAAUGACAUAUUUAUGUAGUGAAUAAAAAUUAAACUCUGUUAACUUUACAGACUUGCACUCAAAGGGCUGUGGCCCUGAUGCAGGAGAGCAUUUAAAUGUGUGCUUGCAUAUGAAACACAUACUAAAAUGCUUCUCUGAACCCAGGCUGGGAUCCUCAAUGGAGCUAAAUCAGCGUAGCUUUGCGGCUAAUAAGACGCUGUCAAUUUACCUCAGUCGAGGACCUAGCCUCAAAUUACCUAGUCUGUGGAUAGUCAGUGGGAUAUAUUUGCACUGAAUCUCUUCCUUGGCUUGAGUCAUUUAAUAUUCUGGCCUUUAUGUGGAUUUUAUAGUGGUGCAAUGCAGAAGGAAGGAAUUUUGCCUUAAUCCAAUCCCGUUGACACAGUCUCAGUUCCCUCCUUCUCCCCCUCCCUCCCCUCCAGCACCUUCAGAUUUGCCUUAAUAAGGAACCGAUAUUCAAUGACAUGAGAAGUAUCUCCAAAAAAAGUGUUCUA